UUGAACUUUAAAUAAAUAGGUCUGGGCGCGCUACUCCGAUAACUUUCUUGAGUCUUUUCUAGUCCGACACCGUUUUAACGUUACUCGGUUUUAUUUCUUGUAAAUACCUAAUCCCUUUAACUCCUUCAUCUUUUUGUAAAUACUUGGUUGGGUCGGUGCAUCUCCUCAACUUAAUCGCCUCGUGCUCUAUCUCGACAGCGCGUGGCCAUGACCGGCCCCAUAUCAGAAGGGCCUCAGACGGCCGCCGCUGAACCUUCUUCGAAGCGUACCUCUAGUCAUGGUAGCUCAAGUAUAACGGCUCCCGCAGAAAUUCCUCCUCCCUCUACUACAGAAGAAUCCGCCGCAGCUUUGGAAAAAGCUGAUUCAAAACCUCCCAAAAAUGCAAAGGGCUCGGGCAAAGGCUCGGACGGUCCCGCGGAGAAUGACCCCUUCAAUCAUCUCCCGGCCAAUGAGGCCGAAAUCCUCAAGAGACAAGUCUUCACACCCGAGGUGAAGACUGGUGUCGCUACUAUUUACCGGUACUCUUCCAGGAAUGAUCUUUUGAUCAUGGCCGUGAGCGCCUUGGGCGCUAUUGCGGGUGGUGCCGCGCUACCGCUUAUGACUGUCAUCUUCGGUAAUCUUCAAAACACAUUCCAAGGCUACUUCCAACGGACGGUCUCGUACGACGACUUUAUGCAUCAGAUGACCACUCUUGUGUUAUACUUCGUGUACCUAGCCAUCGCCGAGUUUGUCACCAUCUAUGUUGCGACUGUUGGUUUCAUCUAUACUGGAGAGCAUAUCAGCGCCAAGAUCCGAGAACACUACCUAGAGAGCUGUAUGCGUCAGAAUAUCGGUUACUUCGACAAGCUCGGCGCCGGCGAAGUCACCACCCGUAUCACCUCCGACACGAACUUGAUCCAAGAAGGUAUCUCCGAGAAGGUUGGACUAACGUUGACUGCGGUCUCGACGUUCAUUUCCGCCUUCGUCAUUGGCUUUGUUUUCUACUGGAAAUUGACACUUAUCCUAUGCUGCGUAAUCGUGGCUCUGCUGUUGGAUAUGGGAAUUGGCUCUCGAUUUGUCGUUAAGUUUACCAAGGAUUCAAUUCAAGCAUACGCAACAGGAGGUAGUGUCGCCGACGAAGUUAUCAGCUCCAUUCGAAAUGCCGUGGCUUUUGGUACCCAGGGCCGACUGGCAAAGCAGUACGACAAUCACCUAACUCGCGCCGAGUACUUCGGCUUCAGAAAAGCCGCCUCCGUCGCCUGCAUGGUUGCUGGUAUGAUGUGGAUCAUAUACAUGAAUUAUGGGUUGAGUUUCUGGAUGGGAAGUCAAUAUCUUGUCGACGGCACCCUCACAUUGUCGAGCGUUCUUAUCAUCAUGAUGUCCAUUAUGAUUGGUGCAUUCAAUUUAGGUAAUAUCGCUCCCAAUCUUCAAGCCUUCGGCACUGCACUUGCGGCGGCAACCAAGAUUUUCAACACGAUCGAUCGUAUGUCCCCGCUAGACCCUACUACCGACAAUGGCGAGAAGCUAGAGAAAGUUGUGGGCACAAUUCGCUUGGAGAACGUCAAACACAUCUAUCCCUCGAGACCCGAGGUCGUUGUCAUGAAGGAUGUGACACUAGACGUCCCAGCAGGCAAAACUACUGCGUUGGUUGGAACUUCUGGAUCCGGAAAGAGUACCAUUGUAGGAUUGGUUGAGCGAUUUUACGAUCCUGUUGCGGGUAGAGUGCUCCUAGAUGGCCACGACGUCAGUACUUUGAAUCUCCGUUGGUUGCGUCAGCAAAUCUCUUUGGUCAGCCAAGAGCCAACCCUGUUCGGUACCACGAUCUACAACAACAUCAGACACGGUCUCAUCGGCACGAAACUCGAAAAUGAGAGCGAGGAGAAACAAAAGGAAUUGAUUAUUGAGUCGGCCAAGAAGGCUAAUGCUCAUGAUUUCAUCUCGUCUUUGCCUGAAGGAUACGAAACAAAUGUCGGCGAACGCGGAUUCCUGUUGUCCGGUGGUCAAAAGCAACGUAUUGCCAUCGCACGAGCCAUUGUGUCGGAUCCUAAGAUUCUCCUGCUUGACGAAGCUACCAGCGCAUUGGAUACCAAAUCAGAAGGUGUUGUCCAGGCUGCUUUGGAAGCUGCCGCGGAAGGCCGAACCACCAUUACCAUCGCCCAUCGCCUAUCUACUAUCAAGGAUGCCCACAAUAUCGUUGUCAUGUCUCAAGGGGCUAUUGUCGAGCAGGGAACCCAUAACGAACUCCUGGUAUUUGGUGGCGCCUACGCUAAGUUAGUCAAUGCUCAGAACAUUGCUGCCGUAAAUGAUUUGUCCGCGGAGGAACAAGAAAAGCUCGACGCUCAUGACGAGCAACUUGUCCGCAAGGCUUCCAGGAAAACUGAAGCUGGCUAUAUUGAAGACCCCGACGACAACAUCAACGAGAAACUCAACCGAUCGACGACUCAAGGCUCCGCAUCUAGCAAGGCUCUCCAAGGUCGUAAGCCUGAGGAGGCGAAAGAGUAUGGAUUAUGGACCUUGAUUAAGCUAAUCGCAUCGUUCAAUAAAGAGGAAUGGAAGCUCAUGGUUUGGGGUUUGUGCUGGUCCAUCAUCUGCGGUGGUGGUAACCCAACUCAAGCCUUUUUCUUCGCCAAGCAGAUCAUGACUUUGGGUGUACCCCUUACCCCCGCAAACAGCGCACAGGUUAAGAAAGACAGCGACUUCUGGAGCGCUAUGUUCCUUAUGCUAGCAUUCGUCAUGCUUAUCGCCCAAAUGUCUCAAGGUAUUGCUUUCGCCAGAUGCUCCGAGCGACUCAUCCACCGUGUCAGAGAUAGGGCUUUCCGAACCAUGCUGCGUCAAGAUGUAGCCUUCUUCGACAAGGACGAGAACACUGCUGGCGCCCUCACAUCAUUCUUGUCGACUGAGACUACUCACGUGGCUGGCCUUAGUGGUGUCACCCUCGGAACUCUGCUCAUGGUUACGACAACACUGAUAUCCGCGAUGGUUGUUGCUUUGGCAUUUGGUUGGAAGUUGGCCCUUGUCUGCAUUGCUACAGUACCGGUUCUGCUUGCAUGUGGAUUCUUCCGAUUUUACAUGCUUGCGCACUUUCAGCGUCGCUCUAGGAGAGCGUACGAGCAAAGUGCUUCAUACGCGUCUGAGGCUAUAUCGGCAAUUCGCACCGUUGCAUCUCUAACUCGAGAAGGCGAUGUCCUAGCCCACUAUAGGCAGUCGCUCGCCAUUCAGCAGAGGUCGAGUUUAAUCUCCGUAUUGAAAUCCUCGCUCCUGUAUGCGGCCGCUCAGUCGUUCCUCUUCCUCGCUUUUGCCCUUGGUUUCUGGUACGGUGGUACUCUAAUUGCCAAGUACGAGUACGACCUUUUCCAGUUCUUCGUUUGCUUUAUGUCCGUCAUCUAUGGUGCGCAGUCAGCCGGUGUCGUCUUCUCUUUCGCUCCCGAUAUGGGUAAGGCACACCACGCAGCUGGUGAAUUGAAGACACUUUUCGACCGAAAGCCUAAGAUCGACACGUGGUCCGAAGAUGGAGCGCAAGUGGAUGGGGUUGAGGGUACCAUUGAAUUCCGCGAUGUCCACUUCCGAUACCCCACCCGACCCGAGCAACCUGUGCUACGUGGUCUGAACUUGACUGUUCGUCCUGGUCAGUACGUUGCCCUUGUCGGUGCUUCGGGUUGCGGUAAGAGUACUACGAUUGCUUUACUAGAACGAUUCUACGAUCCCCUUGUCGGUGGCGUUUUUGUCGACGGCAAGGAGAUUAGCACCCUCAACGUCAAUCAGUACCGGUCAUUUGUCGCUCUCGUAUCUCAAGAACCGACCCUCUACCAAGGUACAAUUAAGGAGAACAUUCUUCUCGGUUCUUCCCUCGACAAUGUCAAGGACGAGGCGAUUGAGUUUGCAUGCAAGGAAGCGAAUAUCUACGAUUUCAUCAUGUCUUUGCCGGACGGCUUCAACACGGUAGUAGGUAGCAAGGGUACUCUACUAUCGGGUGGUCAAAAGCAGCGUAUCGCCAUUGCGCGUGCGCUGAUCCGCGAUCCCAAGAUCUUGCUUCUAGAUGAAGCCACCAGUGCUUUGGACUCGGAAUCGGAACACGUUGUCCAAGCUGCCCUUGACAAGGCAGCGAAGGGUCGAACCACGAUUGCUGUGGCUCACCGAUUGAGCACAAUCCAAAAGGCUGAUAUCAUCUACGUGUUCGACCAAGGUAGAAUUGUUGAGGAGGGCACACAUCCCGAAUUAAUGAGGAAGAACGGAAGGUACGCCGAGCUAGUCCACCUACAGAGUCUCGAGAAGACAAGGUAGUUGGCGACUAGCCGGUAUCAAAUGCGCAUCUAGAGCGCCAUAUUUUUUGUUUAAUGUCUUUUGAUUGUCAGAGAUUCCCCACAUGGUAUAACAUGCAUGCGCAGUUGGAAGCUGAAAUGUCGGCUGGAUGAAUGGAUGAGUAGAAAGAUGCAGAAGAUAAAACAGCCGGCCGCAUUGCGAUGGCGUUAUGAGAUUAGUUAGACCUGAAUU